AAAUGGAGAGAGAGAAUUCAAAAGUUGGGCACACGUCCCCAUGGAUAACGACGCCUUCCAAUUUCCAUACGUCUUUCUUGUUCUUAUUUUGCUUUACUCUCUCUAUCUCUCUACAGAUCAUUUUCACAGAUUUUCUUUCUCCUAUGGCUCCUAUUUCCUCCGAUUCUGUCAACCUCCGAGAUGUUUGUAUUGUGGGUGUUGCUCGUACGCCAAUGGGUGGCUUCCUUGGUUCACUUUCAUCUUUCUCGGCUACCCAACUCGGUUCUAUAGCGAUUGAAUGUGCCCUUAAGAGGGCUAAUGUUGAUCCGUCUAUUGUGCAAGAGGUAUUCUUUGGAAAUGUCCUCGGUGCAAAUUUAGGGCAAGCUCCUGCUAGGCAGGCUGCUUUGGGUGCUGGUAUACCAAACUCUGUUAUUUGCACCACUAUUAAUAAAGUCUGUGCAUCUGGCAUGAAAGCUACUAUGAUUGCAGCGCACACGAUUCAGUUAGGAAUAAAUGAUGUUGUUGUUUCUGGUGGUAUGGAGAGUAUGUCUAAUGCGCCCAAAUAUCUCCAAGAAGUAAGAAAAGGGUCUCGAUUUGGAAAUGAUACUGUUGUAGAUGGUAUGCUUAAAGAUGGUCUUUGGGAUGCAUACAACGACUUUCCCAUGGGUGCUUGUGCUGAGAUAUGUGCCAGCCAGUAUUCCAUUACAAGAGAAGAGCAGGAUGCAUAUGCUAUUAAGAGCUUUGAGCGAGGACUUGCUGCACAAAAUAAUGGUUUAUUAUCCUGGGAAAUAGUUCCGGUUAAGGUUCCUUCCGUAAGAGGGAAGCCAUCUUCAACUUUUGACAAGGACGAAAGCUUGAGACAUUUUGAUGCUGCAAAACUAAAAAAGCUCAGGCCAAGUUUUAAAAAGGAUGGUGGUACUGUUACUGCUGGCAAUGCUUCUAUCAUAAGUGAUGGUGCUGCUGCUUUAGUGCUGGUGAGUGGGAAGAAGGCACUUGAACUCGGAUUAGAAGCAAUUGCUGUGAUUAAAGGAUAUGCUGAUGCUGCUCAGGCACCUGAAUUAUUUACAACGGCUCCUGCCCUUGCUAUUCCGAAAGCUAUCUCGAAUGCUUGUUUACAUGCCUCUCAAAUUGAUUAUUAUGAAAUUAAUGAAGCCUUUUCCGUUGUGGCUCUUGCCAAUCAGAAGAUUCUUGGUCUUGAUCCUGAUAGAGUUAAUGCUCACGGGGGAGCUGUAUCUUUGGGACACCCAUUGGGCUGUAGUGGAGCUCGGAUUUUGGUCACCUUGUUAGGGGUACUGAGACAGAGAAAUGGGAAGUACGGGGUUGGUGCUGUCUGCAAUGGUGGUGGAGGAGCAUCUGCCCUUGUAGUUGAACUCAUGCCUGGGGCUAGAGUUCGACAUUCCAAGCUGUGAUCAAAAUUAGUGUUCUCUAGAGGCAUUGGGCUGCUUGGUAUUUUACUUCUCCUGUUCUACACCCCAAAGAGGACUACCUAUUUAGUGUAUCAUAUGUAAUACAGCAAAUUUAGGUGUGUUUCCAUAUAAUAAAUGAUCACUUCUCUUCUUUUUGCUACAUUGCUUCUCUAUUAUUUAGUGUUUAAAAAAUCUUUUCCAUCAUUAAGUUCAAAAGGCAAGAGAUGUAUGUAAAACCGUGCAAGCCCAAAUGGGAAACAGAAAAAAGAGAAAAAGAAAAUAUAUAAAUAAAGUUUGUUCGGUAGAAAAUUUGAAUA